AGUGACUAGUGAGUAGUUCAUCUGAAACCUUCCGAUGAGUCGGCGUCGUUUUCAAAUCUCUUACUGAUAGAACCGUUUGACGUUGAUCGCUGCGCUUUUCUCGUGAAUCAUAUUUUUAGUGUGUGUGUGUAUUUUUGAAAUUGUAUUUUACUUAAACAUUCAUCCGACUAUUAUAAUAUUAUUAUUUUUUUUAUAACUUUUUAUGAUUGUUUUUAAAACAUUUAAAAUCUUGUCGUGACAGUCUCGUCCAUUCGUAUAAAUACAGUUUGAGCAAAAUUGGUAAAAUUCACUUAAUUUAGAUGGUGGUUGUACAAGCUUGAAACUUUUUGGACGCAUAACGUGGAUAUAAAAGGUGUUUAACGAUGGGAGCCGAAUCACAUUACAGCGACACCAUUAGAUCGUCCAAGAAAUGCAGCAAGUUGAGGCCGUUGAAGAUAACCGCGGUCGGCGAUGGGAUGGUCGGAAAAACUUGCAUGCUCAUCACCUACACGACCAAGCAAUUUCCUACCGAAUACGUGCCUACCGUAUUCGACAAUUAUGCAGAGAACAUGGUUAUGGAUGGUCAAGAGUACAACAUGUGUCUGUGGGAUACUGCCGGCCAAGAAGAUUACGAAAGACUUAGGCCACUGUCUUAUCCUAAUACGGAUUGUUUUCUACUUUGCUAUUCAGUCGGUAGUCGGAGUUCAUUCGAAAACAUUGCCAGUAAAUGGCAUCCGGAAAUUCAACACCACUGUCCGAAAAUACCUGUGAUAUUGAUCGGUACGAAAACGGAUUUAAGGCUGAGCCAAAACGACUGUAUAACACGGAAAAAGGGCAAGAAAAUGAUGAAAAAGAUCGGGGCCGUCAAGUACCUGGAGUGUUCAGCUCUGACCAACGAAGGGUUGGACACCAUAUUCACGGAAUCGGUCCGCGCGGCCAUCGAAAGGCCAAGAAAAAACUGUUUCGGGUUCCCUUUCAUCCAAUGCUGUAAAUAGAACUCGCGGGGCUGUUAAAUCAUCGUCAUCAUCAUCAUCAAUUAAUACCCUCGAGAUCUCGUUCCACGCUUAUACCACCCCCCCCCCC